AUGCGGUUAUUUCUGGUGUCUUUCCUAGUACUGUUUUAUUUCGAUGUAUCCUCGUGUUUCAAUGUUGACAAUAGCGUCGUCACGUCGUUCAAAAUUGAUCUCGACUCGAAGCUGACAUGUUUCUAUCAGGCCUUGAAAAGAGACAUGUCGCUAGCUGUGUAUGUCGAUCCUUCAGUUUCCAUUCAAGUGUCGACUCGGCUGACGUCUCCCUCUGGCGACUUUUCCGAAUGGAUGCAUGGAGAGGGCAAAGCAGUGCAUAUGACGCAUAAUGUUACGGAAAAUGGUGACUACGAAAUUUGCAUUGCGGUUCCAUAUCAGGCAAAAGUGCUCUUCCAUUUGUUCGCGUUCAAUCCGAACGAACAAUUAGCGGAAGUAGGCAGAAUCGCCGAACUGACAGAACUCGAAAAAAACUUAAGUAUUUCGGUCCGAGAUGAAGCAUUACAACAGAAGAAUUCUGACUUCAUCAAGACGUAUGUGGUGUUGUUCUGCAUUAGUGCCGUUAUCGCCACCAUCGUCCAAGUGACUGUCGUUCGCCGAAUGUUCCGAAUCGAUCCAUCACGAAUUCGAAUUUGA